AACAGGAAUAAAAUCCCCUAUAGUCAUUGUACAAUACUACUCUUAUAGCUGUAGAAAAAAAUAGAGGCUGUGAGUGAAAAAAAAUGGAGGUUUUAAGUUUUAACAAAAACAUGUUGAUGAUGAUGAUGAUGAUGGCUAUGAUGUGGAACAUAGCAAAAUCUGAGCUUCACUAUGUUGGAGGAAAUAAAUUUGGAUGGAUACCUGGUGUUAACCUGACACAAUGGUCAUUGAAUGAACAAUUUGUUGUUGGUGAAUCUUGGCUAUACUUUGGAUAUGACAGACACAGUUUCAAUGUGUUAGAGGUGAACCAGACAAGCUAUGAAAAAUGCAUAGAUACAGGAUUCGUCAAGAACGUAACGGGAGGAGCCGGACGAGACGUUUUCCAGCUGUCGGAGGCGAAGACCUAUUACUUCAUAAGUGGAGGAGGUUUCUGUUGGCAAGGGGUGAAGGUUGCUGUUAAUGUUCUUGACCAUCUUCCACCAGCUCCUGCGCCUGCUCCCAAAGAAAGUGAUGGUUCUUCAAUUUCAUCCACCUUUCAGAUAUACCAUUCACUCGUGGGGGUUAUCUUAGUCUUGAUGUUCACCAGUUUUUUGAUGUAAUUUCAGUUAUAUCAGAGGAUGUUUUGAUGAUUUUCUAUUGGCUUUGUAAUGGUGGAUUCAAAUAUUCAAACUUUGUUAUGAGGUGGUUCAAAUAUUCAAACUAGCUUUGUCUUUGAAUGUCAUCUAUUAUACUUAUAAAAAUAAAAAGGGGUGGAGUGUUAGUUUAUGCUCCAUGAAUUUAUCAUAAA